AUGUCAACUUCGAUAAAUAAUGAUGAUAAAGAAAAAGAUGGUGAUCAAAGUAUAAAUUAUGAUGAAAUUGAAGAAUAUCUUUCUAAUGAUAAUGACAUUGAUACACAAAGUAAAAUAACAAUUAAUUCAAAUGAAAGAUUAAUCACAACACAAAAAUCAUGUAUUACACAAGUACAAAAUGUUAGUCUUUCAUUAGAAAAAUCCUCAAUGAAUAAUGAAGAAUAUUCUGAAAACGAUAAUAAUAAUAAUAAAUCAAUAACAUCGAUUUUAAAUGUUAAAACAUCGAAUAUACCUGGUCCUGUUGGACUUUUACCGAUAUUAAAAACAAACGAAGAUAUACGUCGUUUAAAAGAAGAUAAAGCAGCUCGUAAUACAUUACCUACUAAUGAAGACAAUAACAAUGUUAAACGACCUAAAACAUCGUCUGAUCUUUUCAGUUUAAAUAUUAUAAAUUAUCCAUCAUAUGCAAUAGCACUUUAUCAAUUACAAGAAACAUUCAGUUGUGAACCGAUUAGUAUUCAUACAGCACUUGUUAAAGCUCGUCUUGGUAUUAAAAAACGUAUUCCACUUAUGUGUGCAGCUGUUACACACUAUGAUCGACAAGAAAAUACUAUUCUAUUAGAUAAAUCAGGUCAUAUUCGAGCAACAUUCAUUGGUGAUGAUGAAUUAUUAGAUAGUUUUAAUAUUCGUGUUGGUCAUACACUUGUAUUACGAAAUGUAGCGGUAUUUACAUCAACACGUCAUAGACAUCAUUAUGUUAAUAUUCAUUUACAAAAUAUUAUAGCAAUACAAGAUCCAUUAUGUGAUGUAUUUAAUAUGUCAUUAAUGAAUCAAGAUAAACCAUCAAAGAUAGUUUUACAUUCAAUUGAAAAUGAAAUAUCAGCAUAUGAAGAUUCAUCGAAAAUAAAUAAUGAAACAUUUCAAUUAUUUUCUCAAUCAGAUAAUGAAGAUAAUGAACAACCACCAUUAAAAAAAAAAGAAUAUAGAUUUAAAACCAUCGAAUAG